CUCUACUUGUCUGGUCACUCUGGUUUUUUAAUAUCUAAUCUAAAGCUUAAGGAACUGGGGUUCUGUCCAGUUGUACAAAUGUCCGACACGUGUCCCUGAACUUCUGUAAACGGAUGCAAACCUAUUUAUAUUCUCCUCUUUAUUCUACUUCUCUCGUCCGCGCCUUCUCUCUCUCUCUCUCUCUUAUUGUGCUACUUGACGAUUGAACCCUAGACGAACAUCUACAAACCCCACUUUCUAUGCUUUUUUGCCUUUCAGCUCUCAAAUUUGCCUUUCUGAUUCUUCCAUCCGGCGAAUUUUCAUCAUCUUCUCCGGCAAAAAUCCACCUUAAGAGAGUUGCUUCAGAUUUAAUUAUCAGAGAUGGCCACGACGACAAGCCAAGUGUACAUCCACGUCAUUGAAGACGUUGUCGACAAGGUUCGCGAUGAUUUUAUCAAUGGAGGCCCCGGAGAGGCUGUUCUUAGUGAGCUUCAGGCGCUCUGGGAAAUGAAAAUGAUGCAAUGUGGUGCCAUAUGUGGUCCAAUAGAGAGGUCUUCUGUGCCCAAGACGGUUGCCGGUGGUGCUAUAACUCCUGUUCAUGAUCUUAAUGUGCCAUACGAGGGCACUGAGGAGUAUGAAACUCCUACAGCCGAUAUGCUCUUUCCACCAACACCUUUGCAGACUCCCAUGCAGACGCCCUUACCAGGGACAGUGGACAACUCCAUGUAUCACCUUCCUGGACCCAAUGACUAUCCUACCACUCCACAUGAUACUGGUGGUGUCCCUGAGGUCAAGGUUGGAAGACCUAGUCCUUACAUGCAACCACCUUCUCCCUGGAUGAAUCAAAGACCUCUUGGUGUUGAUGUUAAUGUUGCUUAUGUUGAAGGGCGGGAUGAGGUGGACAGAGGUACUUCACAUCAACCUACAACGCAGGACUUUUUUGUAUCAUCUGGAAAGCGGAAACGUGAGGAUCUUGCCCCACAUUUUAAUACCGGCCCAUACAUACCACAACAGGAUGGAGCUGGAGAUGUCAAUCUGGAGGGUCUUCAAGCAGAAGCAAUUGGUGAGAUGCUGUCAGCUCAAACUAAUAUGGCUUCUAGAAUUCCACAGCAUGAUGGACCAAUUCCAGAUGGAUAUGAGGACAUAAUCACGACACCUGGGUUAUACCCUUAUCAAGGAGUUGCAAGUGAAGACUACAAUGCAGUGAACACACCGGGCCAAGAUUUACAAACAGGCACGCCAGCUGUUAUCACACAAAGUGAAGUUGGGGAUGAUGAUGAUGAUGAACCACCUUUAAAUGAAAACGAUGACGAUGAUGAUUUUGAUGAUGUGGAUCAGGGAGACGAACCAAACGCACAGCAGUUAGUUCUGGCGCAGUUUGACAAGGUGACAAGGACAAAAAGCAAAUGGAAAUGCACACUCAAGGAUGGCAUUAUGCACAUUAAUGAUAAGGAUAUCCUCUUCACUAAGGCGACUGGGGAGUUCGACUUCUGAACUGUUGAGCAUAAAGAGGACUCAACAUUGCCACGAUGGUUGGAUUGUGGAGGCUUAACCAGGACUCCUCUAUUCUUGUCAUCAAUUGGCUUGAGAGAGAUGUGCUUGGGGAAAACAUUAAUGGCGCUAGGAAUUGGGGGAUGGUAUGGAUAUUUGUACACAAAGGGAGAGCCUCUCAAUGGUAUAUGGGACGACUACACUAGGAUUUAUUGUGUAAUUCUAUUUGGUUUUGUGUAUUUUGGACUUUUUGUUAAACUAACUGCAUAAUUUUGGUUGCUCCCCGCCCUCCCUUUUCCGGGUUGUCUUUGUUCUUUGUUCUUUGUACAUAUUUUAGAACUAAUCGUGAAAACACAGGCUUCCAUUAUUGCAUGCAUGUGUGGAUUAAUGCUUUA